AUGUCCAAGGUUAUGCGAAGCGUGAAGAAUGUGACCAAGGGUUAUUCUAGUACCCAGGUCAAGGUCAGAGAAGCCACGAGCAACGAUCCAUGGGGCCCAACGGGCACGCAGAUGAGCGAAAUUGCUCGAAUGACCUUCAAUACAUCGACCGAGUUUUACGACAUCGUCGAUAUGAUUGACAAGCGUCUCAACGACAAGGGCAAGAACUGGAGGCACGUGCUUAAAGCAUUGAAGGUUCUCGAUUACUGCCUUCACGAGGGCUCUCAGCUGGUUGUUACCUGGGCCCGUCAGAACAUUUAUAUCAUUAAGACAUUGCGAGAAUUCCAAUACAUUGACGAAGAGGGCCGGGACGUUGGCCAAAAUGUACGAGUGGCCGCCAAGGAAUUGACCUCUCUAAUCAUGGACGACGGGCGACUCAGUGCCGAACGAAGCGAUAGACAGACCUGGAAGUCGCGCGUGACUGGACUAGAGGAGUUUGCACCGCAUGACGCAGAGUCGUCAGCGCCGCGCAGACCCCGCGAGAGACGGGCUCCCACCGGCGACGAUGAUGACGCGGAAUAUAAAUUGGCCCUGGAGGCCAGCAAGUAUCAAGAAGAAGAAGAUAGGAAAAAGCGCGAAAGCCGGAGGGAUGACGGAGGCGACGACGACUUGGCAAAAGCCAUCAAGCUCAGUCAAGAGGAAGAUGAGAGAAGGCGCCGGGAGCUAGAGGAAAGCAACGCCAACUCUCUGUUCGAUGACGAUCCUCCCCAGCCCUCCACAUCAAAUCAGCCUCAGUACACUGGGUUUAACCAGGGUUACCAGCAGGGAAAUCAGGUAGACUUCUUUGCCAACCCGGUCGAGCAGAACCAGAUGAUGAACCAACCUACCGGAUUCAUGAAUAAUGCCUACACGGGAUACCAGCAAACGCAGCCAACCGGCUUCCAGCCAAAUUAUAACCAAGCCUUUGGAGCUCAGCCCACCGGUAUGGGCAUGGACCCAUACGGCCAGCAACAGAACAACAUGCCCAACAUGACUGGCUUCCAGCCGCAGGCGACUGGAUAUAACCCAUAUGCUCAGCAGAUGGCCCAGCAGCCUCAGCAACCUUCAGAACCUGUCCCUCAGCCAGGGAGCAACAACCCCUGGGCCACCAACAAAUCGCAACAGCAACAGUCCUUGAUGCCAACUCCUACUGGCUCAAAUAACCCCUUUGCCCAGAACAACCGCCCGCAGUCGUCGAAGCCCAUUUCUACCCUAGGAGCCUUACCCGAGCAGAAGACUCUGUCAAACUUCAAUAACCAGUCGAUGAUGCAACAGCCGCAACCACAACAACAGCCACAGCCCUCUAUCAACCCUCCCCCACAGAAGGAAAUGAACGAGUACCAAAGCAAAUUGAACAAUCUUUUGGCAACUGGAGAUGGCAUGGACACUUACGGCAACACUGGCGACCUCCGCAUUCCCGCUCAGCACACUGCUCCAGGCAUGUUUGCCAACAGCGCCGGUUCUGGCGUUCAGCGACUGGGUGCCGAUGCUACAGGCAAUCCGUAUAUGCGUCAGCAGUUCACUGGUAUGCCAAGUGUUACAUAUGGCAGCCAGCCUACAAAUGGUCAGGGUAGCAACAACCCCUUUGGUGCGCAACCCCAGAGACAGCAACAGAACCAGGGUCAAGACCUCAUUCAAUUCUAA